CGCUCUGUCGUCAGUUUCGGUAACACACAGACGUUGAAAGUAUCCACUGUACAGCGCUUAAAAACGUUUUCGUAACCUUUAUAUUUGAAUAAGCGUUUUUAUAUCAAAAGUACAGAAUAAGUGAACAUAUACCUAAAUGGUAGGGCUUUGUUCUUUGUCUCCUGGCAAAGCGAAGAAACGGAUUAAAGGAUUUCGUCGCUGACUCCGUGUCUCCUGUUCGUCCCUUUGUUUUUUUCCACUGCUUCGGUCAAACAGGCGAGCAGCAGCGCCCCCUGUGAGACGCCAAGAAACAGCUCGAGGAUAGGGAGCCAAACAAGCGGCCGAACCGCUAGCCUACCGUGCGACGUGGGUCCCCACAGCUCAGCCGUCCGAUGCGGAGUGAGGAUGAGUCCCGCUCUGGAAGCCCUCAUGCAGGCGGACGGAACUCCUUACACAGGAAAAGGGGUGAUGCUUGAGCCCUUCGUGCACCAGGUGGGAGGCCACUCCUGUGUGCUGCGAUUUGGGGAACAAACAAUUUGCAAGCCCCUCAUCCCCCGAGAGCAUCAGUUCUACAAGAACCUGCCACCAGAGAUGAGGAAAUUCACCCCUCAAUAUAAAGGUGUUGUAUCCGUCAGUUUUGAAGAGGAUGAGGAAGGGAACUUGUGCCUCAUUGCCUACCCCCUCCACAGCGAAUCAGGGGACCUGGAAAACAAAGACCCCUCUGCUGACUGCGAGCCCAAAAGCAAGAUGCUAAAGUGGAGCAAUAAGAAGCAACCCUCUUUGCUCCUGGACAAUGACAACUACAGCAAAGACAGAGCUCGACACAGCCGUAAAGAAGACAAGCUUAUGAGUUACAAUCGUGAUGAGGUGCAGCAGCAGCAGGCCGAGGUUUUGUACUUCAAUUUGGAGAAGGGCAACGUGGUGCCACAGAUCAAACACAACCCCUGGAGUCUGAAAUGCCACCAACAGCAAUUACAAAGGAUGAAGGAGAAUGCAAAGCACCGUAACCAAUACAAAUUUAUUCUUUUGGAAAAUCUGACCUGGUGCUAUAGAGUACCAUGUGUGUUAGAUUUGAAGAUGGGAACUCGCCAACAUGGGGAUGAUGCAUCAGAGGAGAAGAAAGCCAAUCAGAUUCGCAAGUGUCAACAGAGCACAUCUGCAUCUAUUGGAGUGCGACUUUGUGGCAUGCAGGUGUACCAGUCAGAUUCCGGCCAGCUGAUGUUUAUGAAUAAAUACCAUGGGCGUAAGCUAACCCUUGUGGGUUUUAAAGAGGCUCUCUACCAGUUCUUCCACAACGGACGUCGUCUGCGUCAAGAGCUGCUGUCACCUGUGCUGCGUCGGCUCAGGGAAAUGCAAGCUGCCAUGGAGGCCUGUGAGUCCUACCGCUUCUACUCCAGCUCCCUGCUCAUCAUCUACGAUGGCGACCCUCCGAGGAUGCCCACCAGACCUAAACACCGAGGUGGGGAAGAAGGCGAUGAGGAUGACCCAUCAGAUGAAGAGGAAGAGGAGGAGGAAGAAGGGGCCUUUGGCUUCCCUCGUUCCUCCUCAGCAAGCGGUGCUGCAGGUGUGGCCGGAGGGAGCAGCAACAGCAGCAGUCGCUCGUCCCACAGUGCGGGUGAGGCCAGCAGCUCUGAGGUGGAUGUGCGUAUGAUUGACUUUGCUCACACCACCUGCCGGCACUAUGGAGAAGACAGCGUAGUGCACGAAGGCCAAGACAGUGGCUUCAUCUUCGGCCUCCAGAACCUUAUCACGAUCAUCUCCGAGCUGGAAGAUCACAGCAGUGACUGAGGCUGAACUGAAGCAGACAUGAUCUAAAUUUCAAGUAUGGGAAAAGCUUGCUGAGCUGAAACCCUGCUAUACCCUCCCCAAGGUGCAUUAUGCCUACACUGGGGUGUGCUUGGUGGAAACAUCAGACACCCCUAGGCUAGGGGAGAGUCUGCGUGGUUGAUCCUGCACUCUCGCAUACCUGCCAGAGGACUGUGCUGCUUGUGCCCUCCCCUGCACUUUUUUCUUGCUUGAAACUGAGACUUUUCCCUGUAAUACAUGGUAGGAGAAAUGUUCUUUCAACAAGCAUGGGGACUCCUGUAAUCUUGUAGGACUCUCCUCCCUAUCUCCCCCUCUGGUACAGACAAGUAUCUUUAUUGUUAAGUUCUCUCUGAGAGAGAAAGAGUGAGGCAGAAAAUAUUUGAAGCAGUAGUGUGUUAGGAGACAGUCAUGGUGCUUAACCUGUGAUAUGGCAUACUUUCUUUUUUUAAUGAACUUUGGACAACCUGUUCCCCAAAGCACAGCACAAUUAGUGGAGAGGUUAACUAGUUGACUGAACAAGCUGACCUUGGCUGGCUGGGUCAGCAGCCUUGUAGCAGUUGACAAAUUAAUAAUCUGAUAAGGACAUUUUGUGUUUAUAUUGAUCUCACAUAAGACCCCUGUAAUAGCUAUGUUUUGUUUGUCCACCAAGCACUCAGAUUUAUACUUUUUGUUGGAAGAAGAUUAUGUAAAUCUAGAAGAAGGGAUUUGCCUUUUCUCAAUAGUUGAACUCUCCCGUACUUCUUGUCCAUAAACAAGACUUUUUGGAAGACGAUUUCUUUUGUCAUUGUCUGUGUUUGUUUUCAUCUGAUCUUCUCCUUCAUUCCUGAAAAUUUGACUUAAAGAGAAUAUAUUGUUAAGAACACUAGCUACAAAGACUAUUGACUAUUUAUUUGCAAGGAUUGUUUAAAAAAAAUUUAUAAGCACAUUCCAUAUUACCACUUUAAAUGUCCUGUCCUGAUACAGACUUUGAUUUAUUUUGUUAUUGCAAGAGCCCUCUUGUAUACCUGUAUGUUAACAGUGUAUUGGAAAAUAAAAACGUUCAUUGUGGUAAAAUUAA